UUAACUCUGUUCAAACCUCUUAAUAAUAAUAUUUCUUCGAUGGCAGAACAAACUUCACUUGACAGUUUUGUAUUAUAUAAAAGUGCUACAAUGAAUAAAGAUUCCAGUCCAGAGGAGUCAGAUGAUAAUUCUAGCCUAGAAGAGUUAUAUGAUUAUAACUCAAAUGAGUUUAAUGAUGAUAAUAUAAUCUUAAGAAAUUCAAUGAAUGUGUCCUCAUUCUCUGCAGCUACUACUUCUUAA